GGACGGGACCCCGAGUGGGGAGAGGUGUCUGGAAAGUUAAAGGGUGUCAGCGCGGCCGCGAGAGCGCGAGUCCUGGGUGACCGGCCGAGGGAAAGGCGAGCGGGACGCUUUAGCGCGCGGACGGAGACCGCUACUGGCUGAGGGCCCGGAGCUGAGCCCCAGUCCCUGCUGUCGUGACGCUGUCACUGUCACCCUCCACGCGGAUGGUGCGCCGGGCUGGCGCGUCUGCCCUCGGGAGUUAUGAGUUGUACGGGGUACGUAUCUCCCCAAGUUUCGAUCCCAGGUUCAGAGGCAAUGCACCCGCGGCAAGGGGCGCACGGCGGAGCCCCCUUUUGCGCCCCCCUCCUACACUUCCACCGCCCCACUUGCAGUUACACGCCGGUGAUGGAACACGAUAGAGGGGUUCGAGUAAACUGUGGCUUCCACGUGGAGGGGCGAUCUAGGCACCAGAGCUGGACCUUCAUGACCCCCGGAGCUGCGGGCCCGGGAUUUGGGGCUGGUACAGCAGACACCCUUGAGCCCUGUUGUCCCGGGUUCGAAAGUGGCACAAAGUUUCCAACCUGGGACCUGAGACUUUUAGAAGUUGUCUACGGAAUUGGGCGGUGGGGUCUGAAGCACAAGGACAAGUCGGCUGCCUCUCUUUGAGGCUCGGUUUCCUGAUAAAAGACCCCUCCAGACCUUAAAUGCUAUAAAGUUGAGUUUACUUCUCCUAGCUCCUUCCUGGUUUGAUUCAGACCACUGUUUGCUGCAUUCAAGAAGGGGACACACUUGGUAGUCUGGGACAGGGACCGUCCGGGCCAGUGUGGUGAGGCGGCCCGCGUGGGGGUGCUCUUGUGGCGCGGCGCGCUAGGGACCCGGUGGCCCCGCCGCCCCGCCCCGUCCUGGUGUGAUAACUUGGGCUCCUCCCCCUUGUCGUCUUCAUCUCCGGGAACGCAGCCCAGGCCCUGCCUCCCGGACACACCGACGCUCACGUAGUCGGGUGGCAGCGGCCGCCUUGCCACCUCUCUCGGGGCUCUCGGAUGCGGCCAGCGAGCUGGGGCGGGGGCUUGUCCGCCUCCCGAAAGGAUUCUAGCCUAUCCGUCUAACCCCAUGAUGGCUGUGGACAUAGAAUACAGAUACAGCAGCAUGGCCCCUUCAUUGCGCCGAGAGCGGUUCGCCUUCAAGAUCGCACCAAAGCUGAGCAAGCCACUGAGGCCCUGUAUUCAGCUGGGCAGCAAGAAGGAAGCCAGUGGAGUGGUGGCUCCAACGGCCCAGGAGAAAAAGGUGAAAAAGCGAGUGUCCUUCGCGGACAACCAAGGGCUGGCCCUGACAAUGGUCAAAGUGUUCUCAGAAUUUGAUGACCCAUUAGAUAUUCCAUUUAACAUCACUGAGCUCCUAGACAACCUUAUGAGUCUGACGACAGCAGAGAGCGAGAGCUUUGUUUUGGAUUUUUCACAGCCUUCUGCAGAUUACUUAGACUUCAGAGAUCGACUUCAGGCCAGCCAUGUCUGUCUUGAAAACUGUGUGCUAAAGGACAAAGCCAUCUCGGGCACUGUGAAGGUUCAGAACCUUGCGUUUGAGAAGAUCGUGAAAAUAAGAAUGACAUUUGACACUUGGAAAAGCUUCACAGACUUUCCUUGUCAGUAUGUGAAGGACACUUAUGCUGGGUCAGACAAGGACACAUUCUCCUUUGACAUCAGCUUACCUGAGAAAAUUCAGUCUUACGAAAGAAUAGAGUUUGCUGUGUGCUACGAGUGUAAUGGCCAGGCGUACUGGGACAGCAACAAAGGCAAAAACUACAGGAUCAUCCGGGCUGAACUAAAAUCUACUCAGGGAACCGUCGAGCCCCCAAAUGGACAAGAUUUUGGAAUAUCCUUUGACCAGUUUGGAAGCCCUCGAUGCUCCUAUGGUCUGUUUCCUGAAUGGCCUAGUUACUUAGGAUAUGAAAAGCUAGGACCCUACUAUUAGGACUACAGUUGACAGGUUGUGACUUUGUCACGAUGGAAUGGAGAAGCCAAGAGAAGAGCAAAGUUGAACUGCCAUUAGGCCCAGUUUUUGGAAAGAAAGGAUCUUGUUCACUUUUCUUUGAAACCAACAAAUCCAACCAGGCAUAGAUCCCAGAACUGGUUUCUCACUGAAAAGAGGAGGUGCACUGGUCCAUUGUGGCACCCUGGUGGCCACAAGGGCAUGGAGCAGGAUGAUACAGAAGGGUCUGGAGAGGAACUAAGCCUGCAGGCAGUGCUGGCAAUGCUGGAAAGCCUGGCCUCUCCUCUGCAGCCGGAUGUGGAAAGUCAGUCACCUUAGAGAACCCUCAACUUUGGGUGUUCUCCACCAGCCGCCCUUUCCUUUGUGGUGCUGCUGUCCCAUGAAUACUGAGAGCCACCCUUUAUCUCUGGGCUGUGACACACUGAUGUUGCACAUUUCUGUUAUAGCUUCAAGAGAGAUGGGAUCUGCUCCUUUUUAUGCAAGUUCAUUUGUUUUGCAUUUCAUUUUCUUCCACAGUUCAUCCGAUGUUCAAGCAAAGAUAAUAAAGGCAACUAAAUAGCCUGUGACUGAGACAGGCAUUUCCUCUCGCCUCCUCCUGACCCCAUGUUUAUCUUCCAGCAUUGGAAAGUCACCGGUUCCUGUGUGGGGUCACAGAUUGGAGGGUUAUAAGCAGACAGGGCAGUCAGGAGUUGUAGCUUUUCCUCUUGGCUUUUGGUGGAGCUUUCUAAGCACUCACUCUCACCCCAAGUCACCAGAAGUCUCAAUGACAAGAUUUGUUUUCACUUGCUUGGCUGGUUUGCAGGCCUCUUCUUUAUGAAAGAAUUGUAGCUCUUCUUUCGGGGAGAGUCUUCCAAGCUGUGUUAAGGACAUUUGUUUUGCAGAUCCGGCAGAUCCUCGAAGCCUUCAGAAAUGCUUACUUUUAUUUUGCCUGUGCUACACAAUGUUCAGGACACUUUACAAGCAGCUAGAGACAUUGAUUUGGGUGUUUUUAUUUAUGGUGUGUGAGUAUGUAAAAGGACAUGGGAUAAAAACCUCACCAAGUUCUCAUAUGUUAUUUUAAAUGUUUGCCAACUCUGAAAUACCAGAAAUUAAUUGUUCUUAACCAUAUUGGACUAAAAUGUGUUGGUGAAUGCUAGUGUGAAACUCCCAGGACAUUCACUGUUGGAUGGAUUCCCCCAAACCUGUGAUUUUCUUGGGCAAGAUUGGUUUUUACUUAGGGGGUAUUUGAAAAAUAUUUUUCAUGUAUAACUAUAGAAUUUUUUCUAUUUUUUUGUUUGUUUGUUUGGAGUUUGGUUAAAUGACUGAUUUUAAUUCUCUUUUUGCCUGAUCUUAAUAAAGUUAGGUUUUCCUAAGGCAUAUGGGAAAAAGGAGUGCAUAGUUGCCUGAAUUCAAAGGUACACAUGGCUGCUGGAUUUGCCAAGCAAAGAAUCUUGUGCUUGAAUUUUCCAGAUUAAUUAGAAAAGAUCUCCUUGUUCUGUGGCUUUGUACCUUAGUGUCAGGCAGGUAUUGAGUGCCUUGGCUCAUCGAGUUAUGUGGUUGGGGUUUAUUUUUAUUUUUUUCUUUUUGAAUUUUAAAAUGUUUUGACUUUUUAAAUACUAAGUGGUAUUUGUUGUAAUUCUUAUUCCUUAAACUGGCUGUUACUAGUCUGCAAUCUAGUGCUUUGUUUUUUUGUGCCUGUCCUGGGUGGCUAGCACUCUGGGAUUACAUGAUACAUGGGUAGAUCAUAUUUGUAUCUUAUGCUGAAAUUGGGCAGGGCUGUGCUUUAUCUAAGCAUACCAUAAGUACACAGACAGAGUGGGUGAUCAGAACUAGUAAUAGCAUAAAUCUAAAUCAGAUGGAAGCAAAUUGAUCUGAUGUGGGUUGUGGAUUUAAUUUUGUAUGAAUUUCCUCUCCAAUGCAGGAAAGCAAGAGGGUACAGUUACUUGCAGGUCAUCAGACUAAGGAUCAUUCUGUAUUCAGAAGAAAAUGGGACUCAAGUGAUUUUAAAAUAAAGUCUGUAAAAAUGAUCCCCAGACAUUCCCAGGUCAAAAUUUGAAAUAUGGUAAUUGAAUGAUAAGUAUCUCUUAUAAAAUACCCGUAAGCCCUCCCCCUCCCCUUUUUUCUCCCAGCUCACCGCAGCUUUCUUGCUUGGGGCACUGGAGGCAAGCCCCCAGCCGGCACACCUGGGGUGUGCACAUAUCCCCAGCUCAGCUACAAAGGCAAGUCCCCUCCUGCUUUCAGAGGUCCUUGUCCCUGAUCAAAGAGUAUGCUUGCCUGAUUUCCCUGAAGUCUGUCAUCCACUGAGGAUCAGAAGAGUCUUCUGUUUAUCCCUCUCUCUUCUCCUGACACAGCCCUCCUCCCUCUGGCCUAGUCUGCCCCAUGAUUCUCCCAGCCUGAGAAACUGCCCUGAUGGACUCCCCACCCUUAUCUCAGAGCUCCCCAUCAUGGACAAGCCCACACACUUGGGAGGGGAGGCACCCUCCUUUGCUGGGGACUUCACUGGCCUGACCUGUCGCUUUGCCAUCAUGUGCCUUUUCGUUAUGGUGAUGAAUGGCCCCCAUUCAUGGCGUCCUUCCCUUAUUGCUCAGAAGGACCAACACCUGUUCGGUGCUGUUCUCCAGAACUGUGUUGCCAGAUCUGGGGUCCACAAAUGGGAGAGCAACUCCAUUUUCUUUUCAUAUUUAUUUCCCAAAAUGCCCUGAAGUGCUUUUGCAAAUAAGGUGCACUAAAUAAGCUGGACUACAUAAAGAUAUAUAAUAAAUAAGCUUUCAAUGUUUCUUGGAAGAUAAGAAGCAUGGAAUGGGUUUUUGAAAGUGUUAUUAUAGGAGAGCCAGUGAGAAGUGAUGGAGCCCUGUAGUUCUCCAGAAAUUGAAAGAAUCUGAGUCAUUGGUGGAAUUUAUUUUUAUCUCUAAGAUUUAAUUUUAAUGGGGAUAAAACAUGAUACAUUUUUAAAGACAUAAUUUUGAAUUGCUUUGUGUUAUUCGAUCUUUGCAUAUUAUUUGCUUUUUAAGAACAAGCAUUACGUGUCAUCUUGAUGUCAAAUGGGCAAAAUACAUGCUUUCUUUUAGAAGGGCCCAUAUCAAGGGUCUUCCGUCUAGAUGGACAGUGACCAAAACCUUGAUGAUCUUUCAUUCAUUUCUGUUUUUUAAGUCCCCCCACUAGAUACAGGCCUGUGGCCCUUUGUUCUGAGGGGUCUGGAUCUAGUCAUAUGUCCUAAAAUUGGAGAUACAAAGUUACACAUAUAAUGAGAUCCUUCAUGGGAUCUUAUAGGAUUACCCUAAAACAUUAUGGCAGCUUAUCUUAAUUUCCUGAAGUGGGACAAUAGGACACCUCAGGAACAGGCAGUAUUUCCUGGCGGUGGUUGUAAGGUAUUGUGUCCCAAGUUGCAAAACUGAGAAUUUUCUUCCAGUUUUGUUGAUUGGUUCUAGAGACACCUGGGCCAGUGAGGACUUGAGAAUUCAGCUAUGAAAAUGUCUCACUUUUACUUUGAUGUGAAUGUAGAAACCAGGACUUGUCUUCUUUUUAUACCUAAAAGUGCCUAUCAAGAAAUUCCUGCAUGUUUUUAAGAAAUAAAUAUUUUUGUACACAAAGUUAAAGGGGAAAUGCACUUUAAAAUCACAAGAAUAGAUGUUUUGUGUGUGGUAUAAGAGAGUGGUUUGUUUGUAUCUAUCUCAAAAGCAAAAAUGUAAUAAAGAUAGAAACAACAAAACUGAAACUGUCCCUCUAUUCUUAGAGCCAGAGGAAAAGAGCAAUAUUUUAAGUCAAUGGGUUUCCACAUACACAUCUUGGGUUUCCAAAAGUAUAGAUCUCAACAGUGGCUGCUAUAAAGCCAUUAAGGCACAGAGGUAGGGAAGGGGGGUCAUUAUGUUUUAAGCUGUCUGGACAGUGAAGACCAGUCAUAGCUGAGAAGAUAAGUGCCAGGGAGGAGUCCAGGAUCAAUAUUAUUCUGUCCCCAUUGUUAAUGACCCAAGGUCAUAGCUCUUUCUGUGCUUGCUCUUGAAGUGUAGCACACACAAGCAUAUCAAGAAAACUAUCAGCGCUGUCAUAGUUUUGAACCAUGAUCAAACUCUGUAACCAGAAGAGGAACCAGCUCCUGGUGGAACGUCCCCUCUCCAUUGUGUAUCAGACAUUCACCCUAAGAAAGAUUUUCGAAGAUGCUUUAUUUCAAAGUUCAGAAGAAGGGAUGGAUAACAGCUUCCAGAUGUGUCACAUCCACAGCCUCUGCCCCCAGCCCAGGGAAGGUGCCUAGUGGUACUACUGUGGAAGGAUAGAGUGUAUGAAAGUUAGAAGCUAGGGUAUAGAUGCAAAAGUAAGUUCAUGCAUAAUUAUCUUUCGCAAAAAUUGUUGUACACUGUCCAGAGUUGCCUUCCCAGAAAUGAGAAGAGGGGGAAUAACACUUUUUUUGUGAAUGUCUACUCGAUAUUCAGUACACUUUUCAUAAUCAUUACCUAAAUAUGAAAUCAUUACCUCACCUCUGAGAUGGCUGGAGUAAAAAUAUUAAAUGAAAAAGAAAACCACUUUUCUAGAACCAUGUGCCCAGAACACCAGGUGUCCAACUCUGGAUGAUUCAGUAGAACAUUCGCUGCUUGUCCACCUUAGACAAGGCAGGGUGGUGUUUUGUCCACCCAACCCUGGUAAUUGGUGCACAUGUGUUCAGUGAGUUCUCUGGUGGGCAUAGGGCCUUCAGAAAGGCCCUGGAAGUUGAGAAACCUAAGUCUUGAUCUUCCUUUUUUUUUUUUUUUAAUUUUUGCAGUGCUGGGGAUCAAACCCAGGGCUUCAUGUGUGCAAGGCCAGCACUGAGCUACAUCCCCAGCUCUAAGUCCUGCUCUUUAUUCUGCCACUGACCUCUAAGGCUUCUUGUCCCAUCCCCUGGCCUCCUGAAGGGGACUACGUGUGCUGAGGGAAACCAGGCUCUUAACAGAGCCCUGAGUACCAGUCAACAUGUUAAUUCUUUAAAUGCUUCCAAACAUAAAUUCCUGUAAGAAGUCCCAGGAACACACAUGCCUUCUCCCUGAGAAUUGUGAGGGUGAAGACGACCACUUGAACUUCAUAAAGUCAUUCAGGCUGGAGGGAAUAGCAGAGAGAGCUGUCUUUCUGUGGGCAAAUAGAUGAAGGCCCUGAGUGAGCUUCCUCAUCUCACAGGGCCCAGUAGGAGGAUGAUACGUGAUCUUUUGGUUUUUUUGUUUUCCAAGAACUGUCCCCUUGAGUCAGAGUCAAUUUCACAGAACUAAGAGAGCAAAUUGAUGUUUCUUAAAAGUGGCCCUUCAUGCUGGAGUAACUCACUUCCCAGGACAGCAGUGAGCAGGACCAUCUUUAUACAGGAAAAAGCAUGUUCCUCCCAAGGGCUUCCCUAGCCUGUACAAGGCCCCAGUGCAAGUGUAAAAGUUAGAAGGAAAUGAAGGGGUAUCUUUGAGAGCCUGAUUGGAACUCAGAUGUGACUGGAGGGCAGAAACCACCAAAGGGACCUGUGUUAUCACAGUCCCAGGAAAUAGACAGGACUCUUGGCCUCCACCUUCCUUUUCCCAGAGUAGGCACUCAGGAAAGGAAGGCUCUCACUAAAUCCCAUUUUUCUUCCUUCCCACUCUAUCCUUUGUUGGGGGAAGAAAGAGGAGUCUCAGCAGAUGUCUCUUGCCAUCCUCCUGGGAUCCUCCAGCAAGUACCAUGCUUGAAUUGAUGUCAUUCCACAAACACUGAUGCCCCCCCAGCAUUGAGCCAGGGCUGGACCUUGGAUUUGACAGAGACAGGAUACAGAACAGUCAUCUAUAUUUGGGACCAAAGACAUCAGUAAUGAUCCAAGAUUCUGGUCCUCCACUCAAAGCAAGUCCAGGCAGUCAGCUACAAGCUACCAACCUUUUUUAAAUAUAUAUAUUAAAGCAAUGGAUAGUAGAUAUUUUGGGUUUUGUGGGCCACAAACAGCCUCUUACCUAUUCUUCUUUGUUCUUAUCUGAAGACCCUUUAAAAAUGUAAAAACAAAUCCCUCAUUGGCCACACAUAAACAAGAUAGGGCUGACUUUCCUUCAGGCCAAGUUUUGCCAAUUCUGAUGAAGAGACGAGUGGCUGCUUGCUGAGGUCUGGAGAGAGGUGGUUAUUUUUUAUCUGCUUGCCUUGUUUGGUUUGUUUUGUUUUAGGAUGGCCAUAUUACUUAUGGUCCAAUCUGGGAUACUUUUAAGACUGAAUAGGGCGCUGUAAAUCCUCUGGGAGCACUCAGUGUGUCAGAGCAUCCGGAGCAAAGCCUACUGCAUCAACACCAUCAGUGCUCACCUGUGGGUCCCUUGGGCUUUUCCUAGACUUCCUAGCUCUCUCUUGGGAGACAGAGCUGAGACAGCUGAGAGAGCUCGGGGCAGUCGUGUGCCAGAAUCCAUUCUGUCUGGAUAGUGCUUUUCUUUUGGAUGAAUUAUAAUAGAAUGGUGAUUUAGUCUGUGGCUUUGAUAUAUUUUUGUUGGUUGGGUUUUCUGUUUCCUAAUUGUAGGGCUGAUGACCAAAAGUCUUCUGGAAAUUCCAGUCAAUUCACGGGUAACAGUAGCUUGUUUAAGGGGAAAGGGGUGAUUAAUGGUUUGGGCUUGUUUACCCCUGCCCCACUCUACCCCUGUGCCCUAAAACUAGGGCCUGGCAAAGCUAGGAGGUACUUCUUAUGGACAGACUGAGGCCACAUCUGUCAGCAUUCCAAACUGAAGUCCCCAGGAGGAAACAUCCAAGCACUCCUGGGAAAUAUUGCAACCACAAGGUCUCAUCUUUCUCUGGUCCCGCAAGUUCAAGAGCGCUUCAGCACUAGAGGAGCCCAGAGAGGUGGGACUUCAUUUCCAGAGUGCUCUGGGCCUAAAGAACCCGUUCCCUUAGUGGCCACCAUGAGCUGUAGCACAGAUACUCUUUUAUAUCUGUCACCUUCUCCUACAGGUAUUUACCAAUACCCAGGGCUGAAGAUGGGCCUGUCAAGCUGGGAGAACCCCAGUGUUAGUGCUGGGGGGACUUAAAUGGUUUGAAUGAGGCCCCAAUAUAUCAAAAGGUAACUGCACCAAAACAGGAGGGCUCAUUUUGCAGCACCCAUCCCUCUUUGAGAAAAGGUGUUUUCUCUGCAAAAAUCCCUCCCACAGCUGUUGGCUUUUCUGCUUUAAAAUGGCAUGGUUUUUCUUCAGAGCCUCUCUAGGCAGAAUGCACUCUCUCUUCACCAGGGCACAUGGCAACAGUGAACAAGCCACACUGGGUUGGCAGGGCCUAGAAGAGAGUGUAACAUGGGCACUCUUUCUGCGGCAUUUCCCAGCACCGCCCACUCCCCAUCUCAGCCUCUCCACCACAUCCCCACAGGGAAUGAGACAUCUGUCCCAAGUUGCAACCUCAGCGCUGAGCAAUGGGUGAACUCAGAGGGGAGUGGCUGGUGGUUUUCCAAGUCCAUGAGGCAACGGAUUCUGUUCUUAAACCAAAUCUUACAUGAACCAAGUGUGCAAAAUAGAAAAGGAGUUGUCGAGCUGUGGCGGCGCUGCUCAGUGGUACGGUGCAUAGGCAAGGCCCUGGGUUCAGUCCCUAGAACGAAAAAAGAAAAGAAAAGAAAUUGCCCAAGGUGCAGGAAGAGGGAAGGACACCCAUGCCCCUCUACAGACCCCCGAGGCAUUCCUGAGCUCCAGGUGACAGCCUUUUCCUUAGCACACAGGAGUCCUGUGCUCCACCUUCCCAAGUUCACAGACAGAGCUGAAGGAAAUCCUGAAGAAAAGACAAGCAAGCUCACAAACAAAACCAUCAUGG